GUCACUCUUACACCCAGACACACCUGAAAGAGCGUGUUUACAGUCAAUGUAUUUUAUUAUCGCUGCUCAACGAGGCUGUCCCGGACUUACGGGGGAACCGCGAACCUUCCACAUUUGAGUAGCUGCUGACUUUGGAACUGGAGGACUGACUUUUUGAGUGCUGUGAGUUUUUGAAGAACGAAUGUUGCAACCUGUCGAGAAUAGCAUUCCUUUCCUCGUUAACUCGUUUCCCUCCUCUCUCCGAGUCUGCCGCUGUUCUUUUCGUUGACAUACUGCGUUGGGGUCACUCGAUGACAAGCUUUGGAAAAACACAGACCUUAGAACGAUAACCUACCAAGUCUGUCUGCUCUGUCAUUUUCCCCGUGCAUUUACAAAACUGCACUCAACCAUGCCAGUGGUCAAAGUGGAGAAAGAGUCCCUUUCCGAGGUCUCACUGCUGGCUCCCAACCCUCCUCCGACGACGACGGGCACAGACGAACCUUCCCGGGGACGUCGCAGGAAGAGACCUCUCCAGAGAGGAAAGCCGCCCUACAGCUACAUCGCCCUGAUCUCCAUGGCCAUCGCCAACUCGGCCGACCGCAAACUGACCCUGGGCGGCAUCUACAAGUUCAUCACCGAGCGCUUCCCCUUCUACCGAGACAACUCCAAAAAGUGGCAGAACUCCAUCCGUCACAACCUGACCCUGAAUGACUGCUUCAUCAAGAUCCCCAGGGAGCCGGGGAGGCCGGGCAAGGGCAACUACUGGGCCCUGGACCCCAACGCUGAGGACAUGUUCGAGAGCGGCAGCUUCCUCAGGCGGAGGAAGAGGUUCAAGCGCUGCGACUUCAGCACGUACACGUCGUUCGUGCACGAGACCCCCGUCUUCUCGCCUGUCCAGAUCGCCCGCUCGGCCUACGCCAGCUCAGUCUACGGCUCCAACGUCCCGGCGAACUCCCCAUACAGCCAGCACAACCAGCUACCGUCACCCUACUACCCUUCCUCGUCGCCUCCUGGCUUUGGCCCUCACAGCCAGGCCCACCCCCGCAUGUUCAGCAUCAACACCAUCAUAGGGCACCCGUCCGGGGGCCAAGGACCCGAGCUGAUGCCGCAGCCCAGCCGGAGCUUCAGUCCAGAGGGGGGCCCGAGCCCCUGCGACCUUGGGCCCCCGGUCUUGCAGGCCCAGUCGUGCGGUGGGGCCGCACUGUCCCGCUCCUCGGCCCAUAUGGGGUUCCCCUACUCAGGGCCCAAUGGACAUCAUCAGCACCCUCACCACCACCACCACCACCACCACCACCAGGCCCAGGGCCCCUACAGCCAAGAGACCAGGCCAGGGUAUGGGGGCACAGGGCGACUCCACUGCCAUUCCUCGGCCCCCAUGGUCGCAGACUCUGUGGAGCCUUAUGGGCGAGUGUCCCCAGGACAGUUGGGCUCAUUCGGCCAAUAUAAUGGUGCGGGUCCCACUAUCACAAGUACUGGGGCCUACCUUAGACAUCCAUCAUAUUCAGGGAGCAUGGAAAGGUUUGUGUCUGCGAUGUAAGGGAACUACAGAAUGUCUCUGAAACACUAUGCAGACAGGGUAUAACAUUUUCCAUUUCAGUUCUCGGCUAUGUGAAAGACACUGGUGUUACGGUGAAGGCAUGAUUGAAAACGAAAAAGACACUUUUUUUACAUUUUGGUGUUUAGUUUCGACAUUAAAAACUGUGCAUGUUUUGAGAUAUUAAAAUGAAUUUAUUCAGUGACUGUGACAAAUAUGCUAUGGACUGAAAAUGAGUAUGAUACAUUGUUAAAUGUAAAUGUUUUUAUCCAUAUUAAGAUGCACCAUGUUUUGUAUACAGUUGAGAUUUGAAUGUAAUGAUUAACAUUGGUUUCUGGACUUUAUAGCUUCAUUGAGUACACCUCAAAGCGUGAAUGAGAUUUUGCAGUUAUUUUUACUGUUUCGCAAAUGUGUUCAGGGUAUUUGUUUUAUGAUAUUUCCCAAAUACAUUUGUAAUGGAAUUUAA